AGCGGCUUUUUUUUUUUUUUAAAGCAUAAGGCCUCUCUGCCUAUCGCGGCAUUCUGACUCGCUGGUCGUAGUUCUGAGCCUGGACUGCGGGAAAAAGAUCCGGUACUUGUCUGAUGAUGGCGACGGAGGAAGAGACUAAGGUUUCUAAGAAGCCCUUUCUGCAGGAAAUGCUGGAAAUCCAUAAAAUUCCUUGUGCUCGACAAUCAUUUCUUUAUGGAAUAUUGGGUGGUCUAGGUGUAGGGCUUGGACACUUUUUGGCAACUAGCAGAGUGAGACGAUCCUAUAACUUGGGAGUAGGAGGUUUCUUUGUGACGACAUUAGGAUGCUGGUUCUAUUGUAGAUACAACAAUGCAAAACUAAGGUUUCAACAACGCAUGGUUCAAGAAGCGAUAAGAAACAAGAUACUGUUUGAAGGCACUGAGUUUGAUCCCACAAGGAAAGUAACAAAUCAUGAAAAAAGUCAUUAGUUUUGACAGUGUCAUUAAAGUAUUUUGUACUGAUUACGUGUACAGUAUGAACUUUACUAUAAUUUGAUAAAAUGUUUCUUGUGUAAAAUUCAGUUUUUUUAUUUUCAUUUUAUCACUGAUUUGUAUAUAAAUGUAUAUAAAAUAUGCUGCUUUGAGAGCAUGGCAGAAAUCUUUUUUCCAAAGUGGCACAUUCCAGCAAUUUUUCUGAUUAAUUAAAAAUACAGUACAUGAAAGCUUUAUCCAUUGGCUAAAAUUAAAGGAUAGUUAUGGUUACUUUGAUCUUAAUGAAGUACAGCAGUCUUUUUAAGUUUCUCUCAGCUACCACCUCAGAACACAAUUUUCCUGCUGUUCUCAUUACCUAUUUUAAUAGGAAAUCAAAUAGCUGUUUGCCUGAACUCACACUACAAAUAUAUUUCGAAUGCUAGAAUUUUUGAUUAUCAUGCAAUACUUUAUCGGAUUCUAAUGUUAGCCAUAGAUUUUUGUAAUCUAUGUAAUCUGUAGAUUGGAUUACUAUUCUAUAUUUCAGUUUUUUCUGUUUUCAGAAUUUUUCAUCUGUGCCUAAGGCCUUUAGUUUUUAAGAAUUGUUGUUUGAUUUAUAUAUAGCAAUGCGCAU